AUGUCCGCCACCUCGCAAGGCGAACAUCAGCAAUUCGGCGACAUUGACUACUCCAGCUCCGACCCUGCACUGCGAUACAUGCGCUCUGGCGUCCGACGCGGCACAGGUCCCCGGCCCAUGAUGCGCCCCGUCCGAAUCUUUCAUGCGGCUCCUUCGUGGGUGUAUGCCUUUCUGUUUCGCCUCUUCUCGCUCGUCUCUCUCUUGCUUGAGCGCACACUCUCCCAGCUCCACUCGCUCGUCCACCAGACGGCCCGCAUCGCCAAGCCGACCGUCGGCGAAGCGGACCAUGCGACGGCGUCCAAGCAGCAGAAGCAGAGGGCCUGGUGGAACGUGCGCAAGGGCAGCGCAAUCGUCCUCUGGUCCUCGCCCUCGUGCAUGUCCAGCGUCGCUGGCGAGCUCUCGACGUGGGACCUCGUCCACCGCCUCGCCCUUGCCCUCGCCUCGAUCGAGAAGCGCGCCGAGGGCGCAGGACGGGCGCCCUACACCGUCAUUGUCGUCGUGCCCUCUGCCCAGCGUGGCCUCGCCCCGCUCAUCUCCGACUGGGCAAAGACAAAGGCCGACAUUGAGAUGAUGCGCAAGGGGAACACUUCGCCGCCCUCGGGUCCCGCCACGUCGGCGCGCAGCAAGUCGGGCUGGUUCCUGCGCUUCCUGGGCGAGGCCGACGAUGCGAGCCCAGAGAGGAGCUCUGAGUCCCCAUUGUCGGCCGCUGUAGAUGUGGAACCACCAGCAGAGGAGAAAGGGAGGCCGCGGAGAGAAAGUGCUGCAUCGAGCAGCAACGCAAGCAGCAGCAGCAGCAGCGGGUCAAAGACGCCCAAGAAGCAGCGACGGCCCAGUGGGGGACGAUGGACCGCGUCGGACGUCGUGGGGCUUGGCAUGGACAUGCUCAAGGGCCUCCGGGUCGGCCAGGAUCUCUUUGACGAUGCCAACUUCGGUGGCGGCGGGUUCGGUGGCAGAGGAGACGCACGACAGAAUCAGAGGACAACAUCGAGAAUCGGCGCAGUGAUCCCCGUCGUGGCCGACACCUCGACUGCGGUAGGUCUGGCACACGCCCGCUCGACGAUCCAGGCCUACUGCACCUCACACGAUCUCCUUUUGCGCGGCCUCGUUGUUGUUCCAUUCGUCAUGGGCCCUCCGUCCCAGAGCAUUGCCGUGACACACGGUGACGAGGCAGCAGCAGCAGCCGGCGAUGCCGCCGCUGACGCCUCGGCAGGCACUUCUCCAUCGACGUCAAACCUGCCCACACCGAAAUUUGGGAGCAAUUGGAGCAGCCAACUUGCCUCGGGGCUCAGUCCAAUGACGAAGACAAGGACAACGGCGAGUUUGAGCAGAGCUUCAGUCCGGCGCACAAAACAGGCGCUCGACUCGGACGUCGUGGAGACGCUCAACAUGAUCAGUGCCCUCCUCCCUGCUCUCGUCAGCGACGGCGGCCGCGUCAUUGGCCUCAUGCCGACUCGCUGGAACGUCGUGCCCGACGAGAGUCUCGAGGGUGUGUCCGAUCAAUCAGGCACCCGAGAAGACGACGAAGUCUUGGACGCAGGAAUGGCCUACCAAGUGGCCCACAAUGCCCUCACGGCAAUGUGGCAGAGCAUCUCGGUCGAGCUCACGGCAAUGGGUCUUCGAUCUUGCCAAGUCCACAUGGCCCCAAUCCGCCGACGAUGUCGCAGAUCGAUCGACGUGCACAGCGAGCUCAAGCACGGCGAGGGCCUGACGGGCCACUUUGUCCGUUGGCUGGCAAAGCGCUUCGCAACGACGUGCUUUGCCCUGCUCCAUCCCACACUCGUCGAGGGAGACGCGAUGGCUCACCCCCUUGGAGACACAAAAGAGGACUCGUUUGACAAGACUCGGAAGCGGACACAGAAGGGGACCUUCUCGACUCUCUUUUCGACGCAGCCCCUCGAUAGCUCAACAUGCCCACCACUCCUCAUCGAUGCUAUCCGGUCGUCGCUCGUGAGGAGCUGCCCCAGGGAAAAGUACUGCGUGGGACUCGGUCCGAGGAUGCAGGAGGCCAUCCUCUACCUGACUCCGCCGGUCUUUAGGAACUUGGCAAGUCGCGUCGUGCUCAACCGCUUCCUGACCUCUUGA